GUCGUGAGGAAUGUACCGUAAGGGGGUUGUAAAAGGAUACAUGAGAAGGGAAAGAAAAGGAAAGAAAAUAAAAGCAGUAAGAUAAGAAGCUGGCCCUAAUAAUAAUGCCUUUGAGAAAAGUGCAGCACCCCACACGCAGACACAGGCACAAAUCAGUCUGGGACAAGACAUCAUAUUCGAAGCCAGAAUUGAUUGGGCUAGGCGCCGAGCUGUUGACCAGUAGAGGUCAUUAGAUGUAUGGUUAGUAUGGAGCUACGGAUCUGCUGUGACGGCGAUCAUGUCCAUAACUACUCCAUAGGCUCUAAGUUGCGCAGUGUGUUUCAACCUAGCCUCCAACUUAUCUGGCUUAUUGAUCUGUUAUCUGGGCUUCAGCCUCUCAGUUGCCGCUUGAACAGCUUACAGGUCUCCGCCCAACAACCCCAAAGUACCUCUUUUGCCAGACCAAACAUUUCAAGGCGGAGAAAUUCUUCGAUUGGCAAAUUUGCAAUACUAUGCGCUGGAUGGCCAAUCAUGGCUGUCGUUCCCUGUGCCGAGAUGCCGACAAGCGCGGAUUGGUCAGGACCCUGGGUACGCCUUGCCGUAUUCGGAAGGUUGUACAGCAUCGCGAAUGGCUUCAUGCUAGUAUUGUUGGACAUCAUCAGUAGAGGUGGUGACACGACUGCCGUAAGCGGAUCGCCCAGACGGAUGUCGCUGUCGAGGAGUGUUUCAUCUUGAGAGCAUCUGUGGACGAUCAUCCUACUUUGUCCUGGCGAUCGACGCACUAGUGGGAGCUCCAUGAUGCAGCACGCCGGUGAUUUAUGUCUCUGCCUUCUGGAGCUAUGGCCAGCUGUGCAGGAUUGAGACUCAGCCUUGGGUUAGCCGUGUCGAGAAGGUAGGAUUUAGCA